AACGAAGAUAGAGAUUCCCUGUGAGUUUUAGAUGGAGAGAAACUUUCAUGUAGCUGACUACUCUUUGAGAAUUCUUGCAUCCCCUAUUAGAGAAAAGGUACACCCUGAAGAAUCCAGCACUGCGAUGCUGCCGGAUGGUUGGCGUCAAUAAUACCAAAGUGACGUAAUCCUUUUCGACGUUCGUUAUUGGAGGAUGUGUCAUCCAAUGGGGAGGGGUCGAUACGGCAGCUGGGAGGCGCGCGCGGUCUCAAAGUGUGCUCCAAGCACGCGUUGCGGCAUCGCAGUUCGGCGCGCUAGUAGUGCACUGCUGGAAACACCACGACGAGGUAGAUUUGAAAGAGCAAUACGAAGAAAAGAGGGAGAACACGCGAAAGCAAUACGAGAGAGACGAAGAUCGAAUUAGAUAGUGAGCGCGCAGAGGAAGCAGGGAGGGUGGAACACAUCGUGUGUCCUCGGCGCUAGCGUCAGUUAUUCGGUUUACCGCUUCCUUGGCGGGUGUAGUGUGCUUACAUAUUUUUCGACGAUUGUUACAACGAAUAAUUGACAUACGCGAAAUUAUAAACGUACUUGGAGAAAUAUUUUGUAACGUACGUUACACGAUACAGAAUAAAUCUUUGGACAAGAUCUAGUGCCAUAGCGCGUAAUCCCCAUCUCCUUGAUGCCAUUUGGACGCUCGCAUUAUUUGGAUUAAGAUAAUGCAAUAAUGUCUUGGCAAAGGGUCUUCCUCGCUGUAGGACUAUUCGGUGUUCUUCUAUUGCUGACGAAUGCAGACAACAGCGUGCACAUCCUGUCAAAGUACCAAUUGAUCACUUCGACCACCCUGAAUUGGCUGCCCCGCACCCAUUAUGAUGGCUCCAAGGAUAUAGUCAUUGGUGGUUUCGAGAUCGAAAAAGUGGAAGACGACUCGUUCAACAAUCAAGCAGACAAAUCAGAAAAAAGAGUACCCCUGUACGUAUGCAGGGUAUUGCACACGACUGUCUGGGUGGCUGGUGCCCAAAGGGGUAACGAGCAACGAUGCACCGUGACGAUGCACGGUACCGUGCAAUCGUACGAUAAAUACGACUUGCUCGAGAACGUGAAGAGUGCAGCACGCGUCAACUGGGAGUACUUGGACAAAUACAAACCCACCCCGUUGGGAGCUGUAGCAACGGAGAAGAUGUUCGUCGCCCGACACCUAGCGGAAAUCCCCAAGAACACAUCGGUGGCGAGAUAUACCCAUUAUAUCGGCACCUUGGCCACCAACGACAACAUUCUAGAGAGUAUCAGCUACGUGAAAGAUGAUGGUACAGAAGGAAUCGCAAAGAGUGGUGAUGUUCUGGUCGAAACGGAACCUAUCUAUUAUAAUCUGACGAUGGUUAAAUUAAGUUGGCCUAAAAAACGAGUGACCAAAAUGUCAAAUAAUCCCUGUAUAUUUGAUAACGCGACGAUCGUCAAUAAUGGACCGGAAGCUGCAAAAAUGGCGAAAGCUUUCACUUAUACGUACAAUUAUUCUAUGUACUGGGGUCAAGGUCACGCCAUUCUGAAAGGCCUAAAUACAUCAAUUAUAUUGAUGAAUGGUACGACUUUGCCACAAAUAAUGUGGGGUACAAAGGAAACUAGUACUCGUACUGAUGCAUAUACGGUGGAAAUAAUCCUCGAACCCGGUACAGGAAUAAACGUUACUCUAAAAGGUUAUUGUAUCGAUAUGGAAGUACCCUAUUCUGGAGCCUUAAUUUCGCAUUACGAAGAUGGAGAGACCAAAUCUCGUGUAAUAAGCGGUAUUCGCAGCGAACAAACAAUAUUUGAUGUAAAACCCGAAUUUGGAUCUAUCUAUUUCCUUGGAAAUUACAGUUUAGUUCCUACAACUACCGCACCACCAACAACGGAACCGAGCACUACUACUACUACUACCACAAUUUCUCAAAACAUGAGCAAAGAUAUUCAUCGUGAUCAUAACAUAGAUGAUAACGAAGAUCACGAUGAGAACAUGAUCAUACCGCCAAAAAAAUCGGAUAUAUCUAACAUGCAAAGCGACGAUGGUGGACCGUUGUCAUUGAAAAAUAAAGUAGAAACGACGCACUCUGGAACAUUUCUAUUUAGAAUAAAUUUAGAGAUGUUUAUAAUUUCGUUAAUAAUUAUCGUCCAUAGAAUUACGUGAAAUAAUUACAACUUUAAAAAUAUUCUAAUUACCUAAGUUGCAAUAGUAAUAUAUUCGUAGAGAAAAACAUUGUCCAGAGAUUACAAAAGAAAAUACACCAAAAAAAAAAAAGGAAAAAAAAAAGGAAUAAAAAAGAAAAAAAUAGAAGAACAAAUCACACCGAAAUAUUGCUGUAAUUUCGUACAUAUAGCAAGUGUGGAUAUGAAAUAAAAAAGCUCCUUCGUUAUAAAUUGCUGAUCAGUCAGAAUGCCAUGUCAGAGCUGACAUAGUGCUUGCCUUUCAAAGAUGAAUAAAAAAUAC